AGUAUGGAUUUGACGGAGGAAGAUUAUAUCGACAACGAGUAUUAUACUUACAAUCGUUUAUUAUUUAGAAUUCUUGGAUUAUGGAAAUAUCAGGGAUCGUUUAAAUAUAUGAUUUAUGUUUGUUUCAUCAGUCUUACGAUAAUUAUUGCAUUAUUCGAACAGAUUUAUCUUCUUUUCACGUCAAAAAGAACGUUAAUCGUGAUCACCAAAUUAUUGGAAACAUUCUUGCCUACGUUAUGCUUUGGAUCUACUUAUUACAAUCUCUUGUUGAAUGCUGCCAUUAUGAAAACGAUACUUCAUAGGAUUAAAUGUGACUGGAAUGAUUUAUCGAAUAAAUCGGAAUUAAUAAUAUUGAAAAAAUAUGCAGAUGUAAGCAGAAAUUGUACAAUUAUAAUUGCAGGUAAAUAA